GUCUAAUGACAGCCGGACUGGCUUAUUCAGUUAGUUGUAAAUAUUUACCUAUUAUUUUAUGUUUCCGCCAAAAAUGUAUCUGUUUAUAUAAAGUGAGAAUAUAUAAUUCUACUGAUUAUUAAACGAAAUAAACUCAACGAAUAAAUCAAUGCCAAAUAAAGAAGUCCGGAUAUCUCCAGCAGAACAGAAGACCCCACUCAGCACUGCACAACAUGCUUCAAGUGGGAAAGUGGUUACUGUUAAGUCAGCGAUGAAUAAGGUGAAAGACUCGGCGAUGUCCCCGGGGGGGCCGUCCGUCGCAGACGAAGAGCGAACAGAACUGCUAGGGUCCUUAACCACACAGCAACAGCAGCGUACCAGUGCUAGGGUUAUCAAGAAGUUGAGACUCGAACCGCAGACUGAUAAACGAGAUAUUACAGAAUGCGAAACGCCGAACAAAGUGGACGACAAAGAUCCCCUCAAGUUUCCAACUGUCAAACAACGAAUGCCGAAAGCGCUUUGGUCGGCGGAUGAAAAGAGUCUAUUCUUCGAAGCGCUAAAUGAGUACGGAAAAGAUUUCGACGCUAUCACAGCGUACAUCUGUGCGAAGAUGAAGAAGAAAGGCAUGUCUGAUGUUAAUUUGAAGACCAAGACACAAGUCAGCCACUUCUAUUACAGGACGUGGCACAAGCUCUCGAAGCACGUGCGUUUUGACGAAAAUCGAAUCUUGACGAUUCCAGAUGUUAAAAAAGUAGCCCAAGAGCUAUAUGCCCUGAUAAAUUACGGUGAACUCCGUCGAAAGCUAACAUCUGUGAACGAGAAAACAUGCGCUCGGCUGGGUGAGAUGGUGCGAGGGGGCAGCAUGGCGGUGCGAGCGAGAGGGAAGACUAUGCGCGUUCGAACGCCAAUGUGCCGGGCUUUGAGAAGACUUAACCAGAUCGCUGAGCGCGCGUGCGGCGCGCGGGUGUGCUCGCGCGCGCAGGUGUCGCUGCGCGCGCGCGACGCGGCGGCGUGGGCGCGCGUGCAGGGCGCCGCGCACAACCCGCGCGCGGCCGCCGCGCUGCCGCUGCGCACCGCGCUCGCCGCCUUCCUCACCGCGCUCGAGAGGCGCUGGAAGACCUCAAACUACAAAAAGUCGCUAUCAGAAAAUGGCAUUGAUACGAAAUUGAUCGAGGAGCAAAGUAAGGACUCUGAGGACUAUCAAGAUGUGGCGGGCGAUGCAGACGGAGAACUUGUAGACCACCUACAGUUGGAAACCGAUAGGAUAAUCGUAGAAGAACAGCGAUUGCGCAAAAAGUUAGCUCUGCACCUGGGUCCUCGUCCAGGGGCCGAGAUACACCUACCGGUCCUCAGUCCAAGCGAACAGCUAUCUAGCCAGAAGAUCUGUUUCUCUUCGUAUUUGGAGAGGAUGGGAUCAUUGAGAAGGGAUAAGGACAGUUGUGUAAAAAUCCGAACACCGAAACGACAAAGGAAGGACAGCACAACUGACAAAGAUAAAGAGGCUGAUAAGAAAUUCAAAAUAGACGACGCGGAACACACAAAAUUAAUUCACAUCGACGAAACGGCGAUAGAUGGAAUCGAACUCAUGGCCCACUACAAACAUAACCACGAAGAUGAAGAAAAACCUAGUACGGAAGACGAAAAGGAGAUGAAAUCCGAAGAAACUGCCGAGGAGGAAGGAGAUCGAGAUUUGCCAGAAAGGGACAAAGAUAUGUCUGAGAGGGAAAAAGAUAGUUUUUCGGAAAUGGAAGAUGAUGAAAAGUUUAACAAGAGCGACACGGAUAACGAAAGCGAUGGACGGACUGACAAAAGUCGGAAGGAACGGAAAUUCAAAAACCUUAAGGUAAAAUUUCGCAUACGACCAAAGAAGCGUGGUGGAAGUAUCUACACAUUGGUACUAGAAAAGGAUUCUGAGGAUGUGAAGACCGAGGAGACCAAGGUCGAGGACUCGAAGGUCGAAGAUACGAAAGUGGAGGAAAAAGAGGAGGAAUCCAAGCCGGAUAUAGACGUAGACAUGGCAAUCCGGCAGAUCAGGAAGGGUUGGAGUGUACAUGACGCCGGUGAACUUACUAUAGGAGAUUUGUAUUUGAUGUUCGGCUCGCGUUCCAAGCUCGAAUUGGACUACUGGUGGGCAGAACCGACGCCACCGCUUCCUCAGCCAAUUAAAUCUCUGAAGCCGACCGAGCCAAGCGACAAGGAUAAGUCCAUCGACAAGAGACAGGGCAACAAGACACCGGACAAAGUGGACAGCUCCGUGGAGGACGAGAGGGAAAAGAGGGAGAGUGACACGGACAUAUUCUCUCCGAAGAACACCUUCAGUCAGGACAGCAACGAUGGGCUCUCCGGUGAUGAGAGAAAAUGUGAGCAAUUAUCAUCUCCGGACCACAAAUCGUCGGGGAGCUUAAAACUCGUGAGUAAGCUUAUCAAUCGUCCCGCCGGUCCGGCCUCGCCCGCCGGACUCGCUCUACUCAGCGAUCGGCUGAAGCGGCUGCUGGCGCUGGCCGGCAACGCGCACGCGUCGCCGCGCCGCGCCGCGCUGCGCCAGAAACAACAGCCGUGCAGCUCCCAGAUCCCGGUGAACUUCUCACCCAAGUUGACGGAGACCAACUCGACGAUAUUCCGACAUCCAACACCGAUAGCGCCGAGACCAGAGACCGAAACCCAACGCCAAAUGAGUCUCGAGGGUUUGCCGAAGUGGCGUCGGGGGAGGCCGCGGAUGUCGGACCGCAGGGUGGUGGUGCAGAGACUGCUGCCUCUGCUGCCGAAGCUGCCGCCGCCCAGCAAUUUGAUUCCAGUCAAAAUGGUUUCCAACGCGAACCCCCCGCCGCCUCGAAUCCUGCCGAAGCCGCCGCCCACGCCUCCUUCAGAUUUAUCGUUCUACUACGUGCUGAGCGAGUCUAACGGGCAGUUCUUCUUCCACGACGGAGACCGCCGGAUACCGAUCACGCCCUUACCUGAAAACAUAAGCGACCAAGAAGAAUCGAAGACAGAAGAAGACGAAGAAGCCAAAGAUAAUAAAGAUAAAAUCGUCAAGGUGGAAAGCUGUGCGGACGCCGCCGAGCAGAAGAAAACUGAAACUGGACCCAAAGUGGAACAGACGGACAUUGCCAGCUUCCUGCCCGGAGAGUCCAUGUCGCUGUCUCCGUCGCGCCUUCUGCGGGACGCGGAGGGCUGGCUGGAGGGCUCCGUUCAGGACUUCUCCCUCAGCAGCUUCCUCGGACACCUGGAGGGCCGGCCGCCGCCGGAUUUGCCGGUCGAUUCUCACCUGCACUCGCUGAUGGCGGAGUCUAGUGUGGACUACGUGGCCAAGUUCGCGGACCUCGCCGCAGAGGUCGCCGACGAAACCGAUCUCGCACACUGACCUUGCAGCCUCUUGUGUUGAAGUCCUAGAAUAUCCGAAAUGUAUAUUUAAUUUAGGAAAACAAACCCGACUAUAGAAAAUAGUAAAGGAACAAUGUGUGGACAACACCCAGCACGUGUAAUUGAUCAGAAAAUACUUUAAUAGAAAAAUGUAAAUUGUAAUGAAUUUUACGUAACAAUGAUUUAGUAAGUAAAUGAUUUAGAAUAAAUAGAUUAGACUAGAGUCUAUUUGAGUAUAAUAGAUUUUUGAUAUCCCAUCCGAGACGUGUCGUAGAGAGUUUCUUAUAAGACCUCAUAACCGGUUUUACAACAUGGCGGCUAGUGAUGUCAUAACACCCUUGACGAUUCAACGCACCUAACGACAUAUCAUUAGUGAAAAUAAGUGUUAAGUAAUUCAACCAAUCGGAGGUAACAAAUUAUAAUUAUACAUUAAUAACAUUUGCACCAGCAUGUUACAUUUUCUUUUCAGUCUACUCAGACCACAAGAUUAUAGUAAAGACAAAUAAACAAGAUUUUACAUUAUAAUCUGUGCCCUCUAGGCA